AUGGUGACGCGAGAGGAGCUUUCGCCAUCGUCUGAUCGAUCGAUCGAUCGGGUUCCUCCCCCGCCUCUGAGAUCCGACUCGAAGUUUGGAAAAGGGAAAGGAGCUGUAGGCGGUUCGAACCUUCCGAUAGAUCGAUCGGUAGGUACCCAAGUAACAGCAUCGGCGACUAGGUCUCACCAAAACCUCCCGCGUGAUUCGGAUACCAGGGAGCUGCCUCAAGAAGAUGUAGAGGGUGAUUGCGUUGUUGAGGGUGCGGGAGAGACUGUUUCGCCUAGGGCAAACAACGAUUCUGCAACAGAGAAAAGAGGCGAGACUGUUGACGGAGGUUGCGAUGAUCGCUCAAUCGGCCAGAUGGGGAAAAGUCACCGACUGACUCCUUUCUCCUAUCGUCGCGACGGGGCAAUUGCGCAACACUUGAAUCUCCCGUCGAAGCUUGCUCGACCGUCCGUGGUACAGGGACAGAGUUGGGGCGAUGUUCUGCCGACUGAGUCGACUUUCAAAAGUGUGUCCUCGCUGUUGAAAGAGUGCGGAGCAUACGGCGUCGAGUUCGUCAUCCCGCGACCCGAUCAGCGGCCUUGGACUCCACCGAUCGGUUUUCAGUGCGUCUAUGAAUCCUUCUUUCUGAAAGAUUCCAGGUUGUGGUUCCCGAUCCCUCGUCUGGUUACUUCUUAUUGCGCGCGCCGAGACGUAGCUAUGACUCAGUUGAUGACUGGGGCCGUGAGGAUCGCCGUUGCAUUGAUGGUGAUGGCAGCAGAGAUCGAUCUGUCAAUGUCAGUUCGGAUUUUCGAGGAGUUGACACAGACUCAGCCAAGACCGAAUGUUGCUCACCCGAACACCAUCGACCCUCAGGAUACUUUUUGGAAGGACGUUCCGAAGGUUGUGGUACUUUGUCCGCAAAUGUGGGCGAGCUUCGAUCGUCAGAGGAUCAGUUGCCAACAAAAGCGCAUCGCGAAAGUUGAUUGGUCACCGGACAUUCCGUGCGUGACGACGACGGGAAAUAGAAUGAAACUUCCACUUAUGGGACACAUUCCAAGAGCAUAUCCGAGCUACAGUGAGCUUCUACGUACUCAGCUAAAAGGUGAGAGCUUUAGCUCUAUGACUGCGUCUGAGGGAGAGGAGACCGAGCUUCAAAGAUUUCUGGCCAAGGAAACAACGACCAAAGGGAAAGAAGUUGAGGCUUCGGACUUAGUGGCUGAAAGGACAGACGUUUCGACGGUCGAUGCUCCCAACGUUAGUUUGCUGACGAAGAAGAAGAAAAGGAAGAGCAAGUCUUCCAAAAAGGUAGUAGUUAGCUCUGGAGAUGGGAAAGGCUUAAGGGAGGAAGUUCACGUGGAGGGCGAUCGAUCGACUAGCGAGGCUGAUGGCUCGAACGAUCCAACUGAGAUGGGCCUCGUCGGAUCGAUUGGUGCGAAGAGGAAGGAGCCGAUCGAUGGGGAUUCCCUCGGACCUGUCGGAACGACUCAGAAGAGGUCGCGAGGUCCUUCUCCUCUUUCGCUUAAAGAGAUAGCUUUGCCGGCCUCUCGCCUGCUGCCUUGGGGAGGAUCGAGCCCUCCGUCCGAUAGGUUUGUACUAGCUUCAUCCGAGCGUUGGACUUUUUGUCAUGAUAAGGAGAUGCCAUUCGUUAGCAAUCCUGAUGCGUGUGCUGAGUUGGCGCGUCGGAUCCGUGGUGGCGCACACUUGAUGCCGGAGAUCCAUGAGCUCGCGUUUCCGGAUGGGUUUAUCGCGUCUGCUCAGGCCGAUGUGGAAGCUGCUAUCCGUAAAAACCAGCUCAUAUUGGAUUACGAGCUGUCGCUGCGUAGGAUGGCUUCAGAUCUGACUAAGGCCGAGGCGGCGAUCGAGAGCAAAGAUGCGGAGAUCGAGAAGUCUAAAAGGGUUUCUCUGGACAAGGCCAAAGAUAUGAUCACCGAGCGAAGCCGUUAUCAUCGUGAGCAUAAGCAGGCUGCUGAGAAAAUUAAAAGUCUUGAAAGCGAACUAGAGGCUGCUCGAGGUAAGAUCGAUCGAUUGGAGGCAGAAAAGACCAAAGAGGCUGAGAAGACGAAGAAGGAGAUGGACCAUGUGAGACAGAUGCACCGCUGCGAGCUCACGUCUGAGAUGAGUUGUAUCAGAGCUGCGGCGACAGACCGUUUUGACAAGUUUAGAAAGUACAUGGCCGACUGA